UAGACCAACGCGAUAUUUUUCUCCCACAGGUUCCCACUCUGAGAAUCACAUAUUUCACGGUCUGUUUACUAAAUCCCCAUCACCAAGUGUUUCUCGCGUUCCUCAACCCCCAUAAAACUCGCGUCCACUCAUUAUCUCCAGUUCACACCCCCCAGUUAUCUCUAAUUACCGAAAAAAUCCCCCCAGAGCCCUCGAGAAAUUCGAAAGAACUUUCUAGAUCCUCGGGAAAUUCAUCGGAAAACUUUUAUACCCCACGAGAAUGAUUUCGUGAAAAUGGGCGCUGAUCGCCCAUUUCUCAGUGAGUGAAUUCAUCCCUCGGUGAUCCCAAACAAGUGCACAACCCUCAAAAUGUCCCUCAAUCCCCGAAAAAAUUAUCUGAUCCUCCCCUUGACAGUUAUCACCCUGAUAUGUAUUCAGAGAGUGGGAACUUCGGGGUUGGAUAUGACUGACGAGUUAGAGCAUCAUGGAAGAUGUGAACCGAUAACUAUAAAUCUGUGUCUAAAUCUACCGUAUAACCAGACGAUGAUGCCGAACCUCUUAAAGCACCAGAAACAAGAGGAAGCGGGUCAAGAAGUGCAUCAGUACGCGCCCCUGGUAAAGGUGGACUGCAGCCCAGAUCUGAGGUUUUUCCUGUGCCUGAUGUUCGCACCUGUGUGCACGAUCCUGGAGCGACCCCUGCCGCCAUGUCGAUCGAUCUGCGAGAGGGCGAGGGCAGGAUGCGAAGGGAUCAUGAAGAAUUUUGGAUUCCAGUGGCCGCCGAGUCUAGAUUGCUCUAAACUUCCAGAGUACGGAGAAGAUCCUGACGUCCUGUGCGUUGGAAACAAUGAAACGAGCCCCAGGAUUUCCACGACAGUUCAGCCACCUCUCAGGGUGCCCCUUCCAGAGUUCCAGCCAGCUUGGGACGGAUUCAAACCUUAUGGAGACCUUCUGGGGGGCAGGGACCACGGAUUCGUCUGUCCUGUGCACUUCAGUGUACCUGAGGAACACGGGUACUCUCUCAAGGUCGGGGGGAAGGUCGUGAGGAACUGCGGAGCCCCUUGCGAUGGAAUGUUCUUCUCGGAACAGGAGAGGAGAUUCUCCAGAGCGUGGGUCGGCACCUGGGCCUCUCUCUGCGCUGUUUCUUGCUUUUUUACUUUUCUCACAUUUCUCAUUGACACGGACAGGUUCAGGUACCCCGAGAGGCCUAUAAUAUUCCUCUCAGUCUGCUACCUCAUGGUCGCCCUGGUGUACGUCGUAGGAUGGGCAUCAGAGAACACGAUAUCCUGCAAGGAGCCCUUCCCUCAUCCUCCGGAGUUUCAAGUGCAAAUGGUGUCGACAAUUACUCAAGGGACCAAACACGAGUUGUGCACAUUGCUGUUUAUGGUGCUGUAUUUCUUCGGAAUGGCCUCGAGCAUCUGGUGGGUAAUUCUCACCCUCACGUGGUUCCUGGCUGCGGGAUUGAAGUGGGGACACGAAGCAAUCGAGGCGAAUUCACAAUAUUUUCAUUUGGCAGCUUGGGCUGCUCCCGCCAUAAAGACUGUCACCAUUUUGGCAAUGGGAAAAGUGGAAGGGGACAUUCUCUCUGGAGUUUGCUACGUCGGUCUCUGGAAUGUCGAGGCUCUCAGGGGCUUCGUCCUGGCUCCCCUCUGCGUGUACCUCGUCCUGGGAACGAUAUUUCUCCUCGCUGGUUUUGUUUCCCUCUUUCGUAUUCGAACUGUCAUGAAACACGAUGGGACUAAGACUGAUAAACUGGAAAAACUCAUGAUUCGCAUUGGAAUAUUCUCUGUUCUCUACACAGUGCCAGCCCUCAUAGUCAUUGCCUGUCUGUUCUACGAGCAGGCGUACUUCGACCACUGGAUGCUCACCUGGAACAUGGAGAUGUGCUCGAGACCAGUGCCACAGUCCCUUUAUUCAAUUCCAUGUCCAGUGGGUGAACGCACCAGAGACGUGGGAUAUCGUCCUGAAUUCGAAGUUUUCAUGAUAAAGUACCUCAUGGCCAUGAUCGUCGGCAUCACCAGCAGCUUCUGGGUUUGGUCCAACAAGACCCUGACCACCUGGAGGCAAUUCUUCAAUCACAUACGUGGACGACGUGUCGAGGCGUACGUCUAGAAUACAUCAGGAUUAAAUAAGAUAUUUAGAAAUUUACCUUAAAAAAUCUCAUCCUCGGUUUUCCCUUCUGAUAUCUCCGGACUGAUCAGAGCUGCGAUGAUUUUUGUCUGAAUCUUUUUCGUGGCGAAUUUUAUAAACUACAAAAAAGGUCGUGAUGGUGCGUUCGGUAGCUCGAACGCAGUCGGAGAUAUUCCACGAAAACUGGUAUUGAAUUUCGUUAUUCAAUUACGCUCACUAUUAAUAUCAUAAGUAUCUAGUAUUUUUUUAUAAUUUCAUUAAGAAUCUCGGAAUUAAAUUGGUCCAAUUUUAUAACUCAGCUCAAAUUACUGAAUGGUUGAAGGUGUUCAAAGUUUAUGCAUAAUCAUACGUCCGCAAAAUGUUCCUCAUUUAAUUUUUUUUGUUAUUCAAACUUGUUUUUCAUUCAUUGACGGGAGAAUUAUCGCUAUCUGAUUUUAUGAUUAGUUAUUAAUUUUGUGACUAAGUAACUAGAGAAAUACUCGAGAUAAGACUUUUAUUGGUGAUUAGACGCGUUCAAAAACCGAAAAUUGUAGAAA